AUGCCGUUCUACAAUGGCACCGCCCAUCAUCCUCUCAAGAUACACCCGAACCCCCACCACGUCCUCCACCCCUCUGGAGACGACGUGGGUGGUGGCUCCGCAGGUCUCGACACAGCUCAUGCGUGUACAGAACCUGGGUGCCAUCACGUCUUUGAAGAUGCCCAGAGCCUGAAAGAUCACCUGACGCAGCACACUUGGGGGCCGCACACGAUACAAGUCGCUCCAAACGGAAACAAAUCGUUUGUGUGUCUUAGUUGCGGUAAAAGCGUGACCGAUCGCAAGGUCCUGCGAAAGCACCUGCUGACCCACCAAGAGAAGCGCUUCUUGUGCUCGUUUGACGGGUGCGACAAGAAAUUUUACGAACGAGCCAAGUUGAAGCGGCACAUGUUGGUGCACACGGGGGAAAAGUCCUUUGUAUGCGCCUUCGACGGUUGCGGCAAGCAAUUUGCUUACAAAGCCAACUUGAAAACCCACUUGCGAACACAUACCGGCCUCAAGCCGUUUGCUUGCAUGGUGCCUGGGUGCAACCGAAUGUUUGCCCAGGCGUCGAACCGGAAUUCACACAUGCAAACUCACAAUCGGCCGAUGGCUGCGUUGUCACCGCCAUCGUCGACUCCACAGCCUGGUAUCCAUCGCAAGAACUCUGGCUCGCCCCCGGUCUUGCAGCCACAGCACUUCCACCAAAGCGUCGACGACAUGCAUUCGCUUCUCGACCACGUCGAUUCAGUCAUGGAAGACAUGGCGUUGCCAACCGCGUUCAAAGCCAUGCCCAUGCUUCUACCAGGGCCGACAACGGCCCCGACUGUCCUUCCUCUUCCCUUGCAAGAACUCUUGGACGAACACCCGGGUAGCAGCAUGUACCAAAGGAUCCCCACACCGCCGUUUGUGCGCGACAGGCCGCAGCAACUUCCUCUCAAGUUCAAAAAGACGGCCGCCAACGGCGAGGAUCUCGUGGCACCGCUCGAUCUGUCCAUGGACGGUCUCAAGUCGAGUGAAUUGUACUCGAUGUUGCCAACACCUGGGUCCUUUAUUGGAAACUCUGUGUUCAGUUUUGAAGCAUGA